AUGAUAUGGGCGGAUGGGACGAGACGACAUUUGCUUUCUUACUCGCCUCUUUUACUUGGACAUUCAUCUCCCGCGACACGUAUGUGUCGGGUUGGUGAUUCGGAGAUGAAAAAAAUGGUUGGAGUCUUGGAGGUUCUGGAACUUGGAGCUUAUGGGAUCGGGUUGUGGGUACCAUGUGGAAGUGGGGACGUUGAGGAAUCAUCGACAUUGCACGUUUGUGGAAAUGGGAUAUUGGACGAUCAGGCUACUGGUGCUUCAGAUUGGACAUGGCGGUUUGAGAGAAAAGAGAAUUGGGUAGCCAAGCAUGUCGCAAUGAAAGGCGUACUUAGCAAGCACAAUGCAAGGAUAGCCGCACCAGGUAGCGUGUCGCGAGCUAGGCAUUGGGGCUUUGGCACAGUUUCAGGAUUUCUCAACACUGCCGAUGGUGUCGUUCCUUGGUGGUUCGGGUUCGGUAAACUGUUGGGCCAGCGGGUGCAGGCGGAACCGUUUGCCAACCUUGUCCGGACAUGUGUCGAUGUGAAAGUCCUUGCGUCGUCGUCGUCGUUGUCGUCACCGAUGUUGUUGCUGUCGGUGUCGGUCGGAGUAUCCUCCGGCCAUCCGGUUGCGACGACCAAGUAUCACAAAUGUAACAAAAGUGUCCCGGCAAGGCAGUCGGUUAGCAAAUACGAAGAUCAAUCUGGCGCGGGUGUAUACGUAUACGCGGCGCCUAGUACAAGUCACACAAGUGUCCAGACGUAG